AUGGAAAGAGCACUCUUUCUAGACCAGUUCAACGCUCAACACCCCAGCAUCAAGGUCACUAUGGAGACUGAACUGGACCAGUGGAUAGCAUUACUAGAUGUACUCGUCGAACGAUGUGAUGUUAGACUAACCUACAAGCUUUACCGAAAACCCAUGCAUACGAAUAGAUACCUGCACGCACUAUUAAACCACCAUCAUAAUCAACAUAGAGGGGUCAUCUCUACUCUAAUUGAAAGGGCUCAGAGAAUAUGUGGGGAAGAAAAGGAGGAAGAACAGGAACAUCUUCAAGUAACCGUGAGGUCAAAUGGAUACGGUGUACCCGAGAUCAGGCCAUACAAUUGA